AUGUGUCCAGCACACGAGGACGGGCCGUGGACUGCAUAUUGGAUCUUGGGUUGCAUGCGAACGUGUGCAGAGCGCCAAAACAGGGAGCUUCGACACGACGUGGGUGCUGGCGUUCUACGCCAACUUGUGGUCCAUUGGCAAAAGCACGAGACGGGCCGGCCGCGCAACGCGGGCUUCUCGCUCCUGGCCGACCACGUGGCGGUGCUCCAUGGGCGCUGGUCGGCGAGCGGUCACCACACGUUGCGAUGGCAAUGGCACGAGGCGUCCGAGUCGAACGGCGCGGGCUUCGUGCUCCUCUGCGGCCAGUGGUUGUCACCCUACUGCAUUCAGUGGGUUGGUUGCCGCCUUGGAUUUGACGUGGGCGACACGGCGCGCCUCGGCCUCCUUCAUAGCUCGUUCGGCGUCACGACGAUCACGUCGGGCGCCCGCUUCGAGGACACUUUGGGACUGGCGUUCCACCCACGCUCGUUCAGUCACCAGGCCAAACUCUUCCGAUGA